CUGGAAGUCACUUCCUGCCUGGUUUCCUAGCAACGGGGGAAGCGUUGUUGACUGCCACAGAAACUGCAGCUCUGGCUUAAGAGUGGAGCUGUCCCCACCGGCGCGAUGACGGAGGUGGAGGAAACCCUCAAGAGAAUCCAGAGCCACAAAGGGGUCAUUGGAACGAUGGUGGUCAACGCAGAAGGCAUUCCAAUCCGAACAACCCUGGACAACUCCACGACAGUCCAAUAUGCGGGUCUUCUCCACCAGCUGACCAUGAAGGCCAAGAGCACGGUCAGGGACAUUGACCCCCAGAAUGACCUCACUUUCCUUAGGAUCAGAUCGAAGAAACAUGAAAUCAUGGUAGCCCCAGAUAAAGAAUAUCUUCUGAUUGUGAUUCAGAACCCAUGUGAGUAAACCUGCCAUGGCCAACUCCAUCUUCACGACGAAGCCUGGGACCCCUUGACUCCUCUAGUCCAUAAAAGUGUACCCUAAUUGAGUUCAGAAACACACUCUCCUAUUUUGAGAACAAAACUGCUCUAUAUGUCUCCGUUAGUCCCUUUUGACUGCUUUGUGGUCUUGUACUUUUGCUGUAUAAUAAACAAAUUCUG